AUGACCCAGGUGUUGUUCAAGCGGAAACCUGUCCAGUAUCUUCCACGACCCGUGAUCGAAGAUGAUAGCUCGGAGGCAUGUUCCCUGACUAUCCAAUCAAUACAAACGGUCUGGGUGAUUCCGGAGACAAACGAAGUUUUUACCAGCUACGAGCCCUACCUCCAGCGGAUGGACUUUUACAAACAAAGACGAUUUAUUUGCGAAAUUACUGGUCAUUCAGGAUUGACUUUUUUCGAAGCACAACGAAGCGAAAUGGAGGAGUCGCGAGAGGUCAACAGUUCCUUUCCGGAUGCCCUGAGGGAGCCGAUACUCCGCAGAAUCCAAUUCUCGACCGUUUCGAGAAUUGACAACUUGGUCGAUGAGAUCUUUGAAGAAUUCAAACAGGACUUUUACCCCGGCGAGCAGGUACUAAUCUUGCUUGAAGAUAAUACGCGUCUCCACGGCAUGAUCAGAGACAAGGCCAAUUUUCCCGAGCAGACCAACCCCGAUGGCACAGUCAAGGCUCCAGCUUAUGCCAGAUAUCUGGUGAAAAUACUCGACCGUCCUAAUGAAGAGGCUCUGCUCGACCAGGAGCACAUUACUCGUGACCGGAAGAUGUUCACGAAACAGAUGUUGCGUGCAUUCAUCAAGAACACGGUGACUCGCGAAUCCUGGAAUGGUGCGCCCUGGCUGGUUAAAACCAGCAUAGCAGACGAGUACAAGAUCCCAACCGAAGUCCCGAAACACCUGCAAUAUGGCGCCAAGGUUGCCGAGAAGAAGGCAAUGAAGAAGGGGGAUCAAGAAGGGUUUUUCGGGUUUUUCGCCUCUCAACGGCUUCCGGAAUUAAAACCUGCAGUCAAGGUCCAGAAGUCAACGAAACCGUCCAUCAACGAUUUACUUCGGGCGAAAGAAGAACAAUUCCAGGAAUACCAGCGCUCAUUGACUGGGAACCCUACCUUUGUGGUCCCCAGCCCCUCUGUUGUAGCGGCGACAUCAUCUCGACCGGUCAAACCUCCGGAUAUUGGGAAAAAACCGCAGACGGCACCACCCGCACCUCCUUCGCCUUCGGUGGUCAUCAAGACCGAAACCCCUAAGCCGACGCCGCCUCCGCCUCCGCCGCCCAUCAAAUAUCCCAUCGAAGAUCUCGAGAUCCCGCCCAAUCGUGAAAGCGCUCCGCGCCCAGCCCUGAAAUUUGUGCAAGAUGACCAGGGCAAUGAUGACGAUGAUGAGUCCGAUGUACUUUCCGGCAACAUCAAACCUGAAUCGGUUGGCCCUUUACUUGAGACUUGGAAUACUCUUAACGUGUUCUGUGAAGUCUUUCAACUAGAUUCUUUUACAUUCGACGAUUUUCUCCAAGCUAUGUCUUUCUCGUCCGAUGAUAUAGACUGUGAGCUUUUUGUGGAGAUUCAUUGUGCAGUGCUGAAAAAACUGGUCAACGCGGAGAAAGAUCAAGACGGGGCCGUACAAAUUUCUCUCCCUGAUCUUCCCAUUGAGGAGUCAGAUGACUCGGAAGAAGAAGAAGAUGAGGAAGAAGAGGCGGUCAUAGAACCGGAGCCAGUGUUUACUCGAAUGACGACUCGAAGUAGCCUGGCCAAGGCUGAAGCCGAGAAUCUGCGAAAAGCCCAAGAGAACGAAAAUAUUGAAAAUCCGGAAGAAGUCAAACUGCAUCGAGCGGCGGAGAUGUUUGGAGACUACGGCUGGAUCGAUCGUUUGCGGAAACGCGACUUUCGCAAUGGUGGGUGGGAGAUGGUAAUGAUCGGCCUCUUGCAUCAACUUUCCGUUCGCCCCCGGGUGGAAAAGGUCUGCAAUGAAAUCCUCAAAAUACUAGCUCCUCUCGAUGCGGAGCCGACGAAGGAAACGGCAAGACUCCAAUAUGCGACCAUGGACAUCAAUCUGCGCAUUCAGGCCCUUGAGAUCAUCUGCAUGUUGAGCCUAGAAACAAAGGCAGUCAAAAACUACCUAGAAGAAUGUAGCAAUCAGAUGACUGAGUUUCGGAAAGAGAAGAUCGAAUAUCAGCGGGAGCGCAAGGCAGCUCUUGAGGAGCUUCGCCGGCUACAUGAAGAAAAGAAAGAGCUACAACCAGAACGGGGGAAAUCGCCGUCCCCAGUGCCGGAGCUGGAUAAUCUUGAGGAUUCCAAGAUGACUGGACUGGAUGAUGAAACAGACCAGGUUAUGGAUACGGAAGAUGAUGAGCCGCAAGCACGCUCUCUCCGGGGCGGUGCCGAUCGAAUCAUGGAACGCAAACGAAAGCUGGAGGAGGAGCGCGAGAGAAAGGAGCAACAGGCCAAGCAACCUAAGGGAUCGAAGCAAUACCAACGAGUUGUGAAGAAGAUUGAGGACCAGAAGGCCCGGGUCACGAAACUGGAGCAGAAAAUCGCAGACGUGGACAACGACUUGAGAGAGGCGGAUUGUCCCCGGACAAGAUGUCUGGGAAAAGACCGAUUCUGCAAUCGCUACUGGUGGUUUGAACGCAACGCUAUGCCAUACAAUGGAAUGCCCCAAAGCUCCACGGCCGACGCCGGCUACGCGAAUGGCCGCGUUUGGGUCCAAGGACCAGACGAUAUGGAGCGGUUGGGUUUCAUCGAUGUUUCCGAGGAGCAGAAGAUGCACUACAUGAAGGAGUUUAAAAUGACCCCUGCUGAGCGGAGGGAGCUGGAGGAAGGGACCAGCGUGCCGAAUGCUCAACAGUGGGGCUACUACGACGACCCCGAAUCGAUCGAGAAGCUCAUCAGCUGGCUGGACGGGCGCGGAAACCGCGAGCUCAAGCUGCGCAAGGAGCUGUUAGUUUGGCGCGGCACCAUCUCCGAGUAUAUGGGACGUCGUCAGGCGUACUUGGAGCAGAGUGCCGAUCGCGCAGAGUCCGAGGAGCCUCCGACGAAACGGGUGAGCACGCGCAACAAGACAUAUGUGGACGACCACAAGCACCGUUGCAUGCGCUGGCGCAAUUCGACUGCUCUCUCCGAGAAUGGUCAUCUUCAUGUGGACGCUGGCCGGCCGACCAAGCGGACGAAACGAGCCACCGACGACCCCAAGGAACUCAAGGCGACCAAUCGCCAGGGUAAGCCGCUGACCCGACAAGGUUCCCGGUAUAAAUUUUGA